AUGAACUUCCACGAUGAAUAUAUCUGUGAUGAAAAUCUUUCAGAGGAUCUUUUAAGUGAAGGGUCCCCUACUAGUUUGGUCAAAGUGUCAGAAAGACUCGACUUGAAUAUGAAAACGACUCCUUUUCAUCUUUCGAGAUCUAGGAAAGCUUUUUCAAACAGUUCAAAAUGUGUUUGUCCUUCAAAGAAGUUGGGCACAAAAUCAAAAGGAGCUUUCAUGAAAGAGAAAUUUUCUCGUGCUCAACCCAAAUCUUUCAAAACCGAGGGAACUCUUCUAAAAUUUGAAAAAUGUCAAAAGAAUGAUGAGAUAGACUCUCAGUCAUCAAGCAAAAUUUCUUUGAAAAGUGAAAUUAGCACUCUUUUGAGAAAGUCAGCUCAGAUACGUGCCAAAAACUUAUUAUCAAAUCCAAAAUCAAAAAAAGAGGCGCACAAUUUAGAGCCAGAAUCUUGAGUUAACAAGGAGGAGGGAGUCCUAUAUACCUUCGGAAAUCUUUAA